AUGGAAAACCAGCUAUGGUAUGAUGCCCUGGGGUGCUGCAACCAAUACCAAGAAGGCCCACAGGAUACUGAGGACAUCCUAUUCCUGUUGCUAGGCCUCAUCAUUCUUGUGAACAUAAGUGUCAAUGUGGCAGCUAUGAUAUGGCAUGGACUCCAGAAUGCUUUAGACAAGAUUUUCUAUCGGAUAAAUCUCAAGCGUGAAGUCCAGGCUAGUAACAGUCCUCCCAAAGAUCCCCCAGCCACGAACAAGGACAUUCACAUUCGCUGCAUUCUGGACCCUGUUCAGGUAAAGAUGGCCCAACCCACACGCUGUUCCUCUUCUUCCUAUCACCAUCUCCGCAAUCACUGCAGCCAGCACCGCCGCCGCCGCCGCCGCCACCGCAGUCCCCGCCAUCGCCACCGCUGCAGACACCAGCCUAAGCCAAAGAACACCAGAAAAUUCUUCCGUAACUGCCCAGUCUCUUGUACCAAACCUCAGAGCCUCUGCAAGAUGCCGGUGCCCUUUUAUGACAUGGAGGACCGAGACUCCUGCUCAGAAGUAGAAGACCCAUGCUACUCACUUCCCAAGUACCCACAGAGGGCCUGUGGUAGAUUCCAUAAGCAAAUGGCUCUGCCCUCCAAAGUGGGGCUCUGGGGCCGCCAGGGUGGGAUCCUGGCCAGCCUGCCACCCCCCUCUCUCUACCUGUCCCCAGAGCUGCGUCGCUUGCCCAAGCGCGUGGAGGCCAAAUCAGAGCUGAGGCUUCAGUCCUUUGGACCCAAUUAUUCACAGUCGCGACUCUGGGGCAAUGUGGAGACAGAACAGUGGGCCUCAUCCCCACAGUCUCCCCGCCGGCUUCCUCCUAACCCUACCUGGACCCCUGUAGGGCACAGUCCUUACUCUUCAAGGGGCCAGAUACUGUAUGAUGCGUGGGAACAGCGCCGGCAUGGCGUGGAAGGCUCUGAUCCCUCACCUGCCUUUGUGUCCCGGAACUCUCGGCUGGAGAGCCAGGGCUGCCGGGAUUCCAUCCCUCAUCAAUCCCAUCAUCGAAGCCUCCCUAGCCAUGCUCACGGCCAGCCCAACCGCAGCCCACACCCAUCCAUGGGACACUUGAGUUACAGCUCCCGGGAUACUCAUGAGGUCCGCCGCAGGGGCGCCGACUGGGCUGACACUCUGCCCUCUCGGCACCCUCUGACCGCAACUACCUCCCUUACAAUGUUAGGUGAGACCACCUAUCUGCGGGCCCCAACUGCUGGCUUAGCCUCCCAGCCUCAGUCUGAGGAAGCCCAGGCUGAUCCUGCCCCACCCCCCACCAACUUCAUCCCACUGAGCAGGAAUCCAGGUGGCAAGGCAGGUUACCAGGUGUAUGACAGCCUGGAGCUGAAGCGGCAGGUGCAAGAGAGCAGGGCUCGAGCCAGCUCACUGCCACCACCUUCCACCACAACUUCACGGCCUUCUCUACACAGGAGCAGGGCUGGGAAACUCAAUUGA